AUGGAAAGGUUUAGGGAAGUGUUGCAAGAUUGCAAGCUGUGUGAUUUGGGUUAUAUAGGUGGGAAGUAUACUUGGGCUAACAACAGGUCAGAUCAGAAUUUUACAAAAGAAAGGCUUGAUAGGGCAAUUGCAAACUCUAAAUGGUGUGCAACCUUUGGAGGGGGAGAGGUGAGAAUAUUGUCUUCAUCCACAUCUGAUCAUUGUCCUAUUCUAGUGUCAUUAAGUCAACAACAGAGUAAUCCAUUCAAAUAUGCUCAAGUUAGGAGAUAUGAAGAUAGAUGGUCUUCUUUCUCAGACUGUGAACAAGUGAUAAAAAAGGCAUGGAAUCAAGGGAGAGGUCAGGUUACAGGAUUGCAAAGGAUCAAAGAAAAGCUACAGACUUGCAUGACUGAUUUGAGGAAAUGGAGUUAUAGGAAGGAAAUGGAGGAAAGAGGAAGUUUGAUUCAGAAAUCCAAUAGGCUGCAACAUCUUCAGCAAACACUUACUGCAGAAUUUGUGCAGCAGUUGAAACAAACUUAA